ACGCAGUUUGAGCUGGAGACCAAAAUGCAACAGUUGGUGGCACAGAUAACAGACUUGCAGCAAAAAGCAGGCAUCACUGGAGCGGUUGCAAAAUCUGCAGAGUCGGAAAACAGGAUUAGGGAUCUGGAAAGACAAGUUGCAGAGUUGAAUGAAAGAAGAUUUGAACAUCUGGAGAACCUACAGCAACAACAAAUGCAGUUGCAAGCUCAGCUUCUGUUCAUGUCCCAGCCGAGAGGUCACAACAGCCAUGGCCACACAUCUAGACCAGUUCAGACCAGUCACAUUCCUCAGACAGUUGUCAGACGCCCUGAUAUGGUGCCACACCCGGGAGAGCUCUCUUCUUACCACCAUCCUAGUGCCCGAAACCAACCUGUAAAUAAACCCAGUACUCACAGCAAGUCUGCAUAUAACACCAGUGCUCACAACCAACCCACCUUCAACCCUGACAUCAUUAGCAAACACCAUAACUACCUGAGUGAGGUCAGAGAGUUACAGGGAUCUCACCUGGAUACACCUGCUCCUAGAGAUCGAGUGCCUAAACCAGCGCCAUACACACUUCCUCAUGAGCCUAAGAAAAAUUUCAGAUUCCUGCAAGAGUUGCUGGCUCCUGCAGAUAAGGCUGAUACAGACACUACUUAUAGCGUGAUGGGAGACUACUCAUCUCCAGUCGGGCUACAAAGUGAUAG